CAUUUCUCAUGUACAUAUCAAACAACUUUGGGAAAAGGAAAUAUAAUUAGUAUAUAGAAUGAGAAAGCCAGAGGUUUGUAGUAAAAAUAAGAAUGACAAUAAGAAGAAGAUUAAGCUUAGAAAAGGGUUAUGGUCACCAGAUGAAGAUGAGAAGCUUAUGAAUUAUAUGGUGAAGAAUGGACAAGGUUGUUGGAGUGAUGUGGCAAAAAAUGCUGGAUUGCAAAGGUGUGGAAAAAGUUGUAGACUAAGAUGGAUUAAUUACUUGAGGCCUGAUCUUAAAAGAGGUGCUUUUUCUCCUCAAGAAGAGCAACUUAUCAUCCAUUUUCAUUCCCUUCUUGGAAACAGGUGGUCUCAAAUAGCAGCACGUUUGCCGGGAAGAACCGACAAUGAAAUAAAAAACUUUUGGAAUUCAACCAUAAAGAAAAAACUUAAGAAUUUGUCUUCAACAACAACAUCAACCUCACCAAAUGCAAGUGAUUCAUCCUCACCUGAACCUAAUAAAGAGCUCAAUAUUAAUGUUUCUUCACAACAUGCAAAUUACUACAAUUACAUGAACAUGCCUAUGUUCACUUCAUCACCACUAUCAAUGCAAAACAGAGUUUUCAAUACCAUGAAUAUUGACACAUUGCCUAUGCCCACACCUAUUGAAUAUGAUGGAUACUUGUCACAAAUUGGAGUUGACUCUUAUUUAUUAGAAAAUGCUGUUUUUGGGAGUGUAAAUAUUAAUGGAGUGGAAGAGGAUGUGUUUGUUCCUAAUUCUCUAGAGAAUACUAAUACUAAUACUAAUCAUCAUAAUUUGAGAGUGGAGAAUACUUGCAAGAGAGAAACUUAUAAUAAUAGUGAUUAUUAUUUUGAUCACAUAAAUAGUAACUACAAUAUUGAUGAUCAAAAUAGGGGUGAGGUAGUGGAGAAUUUGUUUCAAGAAGAAUUCAACUUGGGAGAGUGGGGUUUUGAGGAGUUGAUGAAAGAUGUUUCUUCCUUUUUAUUUUCUUGAUUUUUUCAUUCUGAUUUAAUAAUUUGAAUAGUUAAUUACAUUUACAAUAAUCUUCCUAUAGCUUGUAAAAGGAGACCGUUAAUAGAUUAAUUGUUCUUUUGUUCAAACUUAA